AUGGUGUCCUCGGUGCCAAUUCAGAGAAUGCAAGGGCCGCUCCGGCGAUCCCUGGCAGGCGCAGGCGUGUCGUUGCGGUCGUACGCCACCAUUCCCUCUCCGCCAAUCCAUGCCGCCGCGCCGACAUCACAGCCCUCGCAGCCCGCCUUAUCCACAAAAACGACAACAACACCACAGCCGAGCAAGCCACGGCCUACAUACUUCCGGGACGCGGCCGUAGCGCCCUUUUCCGACUUCUUGCCCAGCUCGUCGCCCGCCGCGCCUCUCGCCCCAAGCGAUGCCUACACAUUGCGCACCGCCGAGGUCGGGCCGGCUGGCCGGAAGCGAACCAUCACGCGGCUGCCGGAGUGGCUCAAGACGCCGAUUCCCUCGGCCGGAACAAAUCCCAACUACGCCAAGAUUAAAGCGGACCUGCGGGGUUUGAACCUGCACACGGUAUGCGAGGAGGCACGCUGUCCCAAUAUUGGCGAGUGCUGGGGCGGCUCCAACAAGGCCGAGGCCACAGCCACCAUAAUGCUCAUGGGCGACACAUGCACACGUGGGUGCCGCUUCUGCAGCGUCAAGACGAACCGCGCGCCCGCUCCGCUCGAUCCGCACGAGCCCGAGAACACGGCCGAGGCCCUGGCACGCUGGGGGCUCGGCUACGUGGUGCUCACGAGCGUUGACCGGGACGACCUGGCUGACGGCGGCGCCCACCACUUUGCCGAAACCAUCCGCCGCAUUAAGCAAAAGAAGCCAACCCUACUCGUCGAGGCCCUGACCGGCGACUUGAGGGGAGACCUCGACAUGGUUCGAAUCGUGGCCGAGAGCGGCCUCGACGUCUACGCCCACAACGUCGAGACUACCGAGGGUCUGACCCCGUACGUGCGCGACCGGCGCGCCACCUUCCGCCAGAGUCUCAAGGUGCUUAAGCAUGUCAAAGAUGUCAAGGGUAAGGACAACAUCAUCACCAAGACUAGCAUCAUGCUUGGGCUAGGCGAGCAGGAAGAGGAGCUUUGGGAGACGCUACGAGAGCUGAGAAAGGUCGACGUCGAUAUCGUUACCUUCGGGCAGUAUAUGCGUCCCACCAAGCGCCAUCUCAAGGUCGAGAAGUACGUCACUCCCGACGAGUUUGAUCUCUGGGGCAAGCGAGCCCUCGACAUGGGCUUCAUGCACUGCGCCAGCGGGCCCCUAGUCCGGUCCUCGUACAAGGCGGGCGAGGCCUUCAUCGAGAACGUCUUGCGCAAGCGAGCGGGCGAGAAGGCCGGCGCGUCGACAGAGAAGCUUGUCGGCCAAGCCGUUGCUGCUGAGGAGACGGCGAGUAGGGGGUCUCUAUAG